UAGAGGCGUCACUGCAUUCCAAACAGUAUGGCGGCUCCCAUGAGCGGUGUGGGGAAACCCUCAGUGACGAGUUUCCAGAAGAAAACAAGGAGCAAAUUAAUCUCUAUAGCUGGUACCAGACCGUCGGUUCAAAAUGGACAACUGUUAGUCUCGACUGGUGUCACGUCCCUGGACUAUCUGCUCGGAGGUGGGUUGGCAGUUGGAACAGUACUUCUCAUAGAAGAGGACCGAUAUGAUAGCUACUCCCGUAUGAUUUUCAAGUACUUCUUGGCAGAAGGUGUGGUGUGUCGACAUGAACUUUUUGUGGCGGCUGCUCAAGAUAACCCAGACGACAUCUUACAGGAACUCCCGGCUCCCAUCUUGGAUGAUAUUGCCAUUCACAAACCAGCGGAGCAGCCCAGACUGUCGUCUGAACCUCAGGAGAGUUUGGAUGCCAUGAAGAUUGCCUGGCGCUAUCAGAAUCUUCCAAAAGUCCAGUCUGCCCUGGCAUCGUCGUGCCGGUUCGGGCACUACUACGACGUCUCCAAGACGAUGGAGCCAGAAAUUCGCCAGGCAGCCAAGUUCCACCGCUUCUAUGUUCCCGAGCAUCCCACCCAGUCAUCAUCCACACACAGUACCAUGCCUGAGUCCUACUCCGCCUUGUUGAAGUCACUUCAAGAGGUCAUACACAGAGAGGGAUUUGAUCUAGCAGCCCCCAUGUCAAACUCCCGCAACAUCCUGCGAAUCGGGCUUCACUCUCUUGGCUCAGCACUGUGGGGUGAUGACCUAUGUUGCCAUGACAACCCUAAAAAUGGCCACUCCCUCACUACCUUUCUCUACGGACUGCGGGCUUUGCUAAGGUCAUCUCUCUCAGUUGCAGUUGUCACUGUGCCUUCUCAUCUAAUCCAGGACAGAGCUCUAAUGGGCAGCAUAACCAGGCUAUGUGACAAUGCCAUCGCCCUGGAAUCAUUCAAAGGCUCUGAGAGAGAGACCAACCCACUCUACAAAGAUUACCAUGGCCUUCUUUACGUACGACAAAUACCUCACCUGAACUGUCUGGCGAGUAAACUCCCCGACCAUAAGGACCUGGCCUUUAAGCUCAAGAGAAAGCAGUUCACUAUUGAGAGACUACAUUUGCCUCCAGACUUGUCUGAGACGGUGAGUCGUGUAAGCAGGGGGGAGCUUUCAGGAGCGGCCGCCGUGGCUUCAGCCUGUGGCUCCGGUACUUCCGGCAACAAACACCUGGACUUCUAGAACUCCCACACAGUCGCCACGGGCAACUAACACCUGGAACGCUGCAGCGUUGUCCUCUUAACCACAGUGACCGGGUUGUUCCCUCACCCACACAAUGUCAGAAGUGAUAACCCUGGCCACCUUUGCCACCUGCCAACUGUGCCAGCCAGGGGUGACUACCUAAACAUCCACAGUAAAUCUUCUCAUAAUGGACACGUGUCAACCUUCAAGUACUUUUUAGAAUUAGAAAUACAGUGCACUCUAUGGUUUUUGUGUGAUAGCUUAUAUUUGCACAUUCCAAGCCGUCAUAAAAUGUUAAUUUAACUUCUGUUACCAAGCAACUUUUUUAAUACCCACAGCCCCCCCUCCCUGCUUUAAGCUGCAAAAAAUGUAAGACGAUUUAUGAUUGGCCUGCUGACUUUUUCACUCAAAUGAGGAUGUCAGAUGGACUACUCUUUAAAGAUUUGGUACAUUGUUUUUUUGCUGCUCCUGGAGAAUUUGAAUACGAGUAAAAUGACAUCCUGAAGUAUUUUUCAGUCUUUAUAAAGUCUCCGGCUUGGAAAACAUUAAAUAAUUAAACUGCAUGUUCCCAUGCUCUACUUUACAAAACAAGUGGCCACCCCUGUCUAGCUCCAUCAUGUACAAUACUAGUAUGCAAUACAAUCUGCUUUUGUUUUGUUAAAUAAAAGAAAAUUAAUACAAAAUAC